AUGAACAACAUUGUGGCCGACCCGGCUCUCGAAGCACAGCCCAAUUUUGAAUCCGAUGCGUAUGCAGGAUGGCUCAAUGCCCUAGUUAAUGCCGGUAUUGCAAGGGCGGAUGCCCUCACACAGAUGAUAGACGGCUGGAGGCGCGAGCGCCAAGAACACAUGGACCUCUGGCAAGAGCAGGUCGAGAACGAAACUUGUGCUGAAAGAGAACUUGAAGAACGCACUCGUGCAGAGCGAGAGCUUGAGGAAGAGAAUGAGCGCCGCGAAGCGGAGAAAAAGAAGCCCAAGAUUAACGAUUUUGAUGCGAAUACACUGGUAGCUGAUGUCCUUGUUCCACGCCCAUCCCAGUUCGCACUGCAGAAGAUCAAGAACAUGGAAUAUGUGGAACUAUGGUAUUUUAGCCCAGAUGGCUGCCGGGAUGCUUUUGACAGUUCUAGAUCGUCCGCAGAGGACACGUUUGGACUCACGAAGGUUGACGGAUUCAUUGCUUUCAAACCUGUUUCGUCCUUCAAAGCCUCGCAGAAAGCCCUGCAAGACCACGACCUCUCGUGGUGUCAGUUCAACAUUGCUAAGACGAGCUUCUUGGUCCACAUCGAGAAAUGUGCAUGGCCAGAAAAGCACCAGCAGGCGCUUGCUUUAUUCUUCAUGCUCAUAACCAACCACAAGCACAGAAUGCGCCCACAAGGAGAAAAGACCCUCCUUCGCUACGCGGGGCUGGUACGUCGGGAGUGGCACGAUUGCCUGGCCCAGAACCAGGGUUUCAACAUCGGCAUCUUCAAUGGAUCCUUAUACAGCACUCUAUCCGAUGACAUUUGUGAGGCGGAGCGCGAUGAAGGGAUCAGGCUGGUACGUCUCCUCAUUCCUUAG